AAUCUCCAAGAUGGUCCACAAACCACAUCUCUCCUUUUUCUUUCUGUGUAAAAUUUAACAGUGGGGGGCUGAAAGAGAACUCUCACUAUGGGCUUGCCAGUGGAGAUGGAGGAGUGCCCAUCACUAAUUUAUUUCCAUUUGUCUUCUUCUUCUUCCUCUUCUCAACCAUUUUUUCUUCAUUCUAAUUUACGCAAGUUUUCUUUUAAAUUUACGAUUUAAUUUUGGUAUCUUUGCGUAAGUGACAAUUUAUUUACUAGUGUGCUUCUUCCCCGUCGGCUACGUUUGGCUUUCGGAGGUGAGAUUGAAGCGCCAAACCUCGUCGUUUUCUUCUGCACUCUGUGUGUUUUUUUCUCACGGUCUUCGAGAUUAAUUUACUCUUGCUUCUUAUCCAACUGCAUUCCUCUCUCUUUCUCUCUCUCUCUCUGCCUUUCCUUCACUCUCAACUUUCCCGCUCUCCUCCUCGGGGUCGGUCUGCGUUCUUAAAUCUGGAUUUUUUUAUUGCCCAACUUUUGUUUAGCGAAAUUUGAUGAUUGUUUUCUUUUGGAGGGUGGUUUGCAGUUUGGGCAAUUUUUGAUUUGUUUUCUCGGUUAUUUUCCAGGAAGCUGGAAGAUGAAUACAAGAGUCCGCUCUAACGUUCAAUCCAUGAAAGCCGCUUCGACUCCGCAAAUAGUCGAUAAGCUGAAGAAGAAGCUAAAACAUGAGGAGAAUGUUCACAGAGCAUUAGAGAGGGCUUUCAAUAGACCUUUGGGUGCUCUACCUCGCCUUCCUCCUUAUCUCCCUCCAUAUACGCUAGAGCUUCUUGCCGAAGUAGCUGUGUUGGAAGAGGAGGUUGUUCGGCUUGAAGAACAGGUUGUGAAUUUCAGACAAGGUCUAUAUCAGGAAGCUGUUUACUUAGCAUCCAAGAGGAAUGCGGAGAACACAAUUGAUUCAUACAAUCACUUGCCGAUUAGAUAUUCAAAACUGGACGAAUCAGAUUGUUUAUCUCAGCAAGAAGCAAAUUCAGGAUUAUCCAUGGCACAACCUUUACAUUCUCUUGCCAGAAGUGCCUCAAGUAGAAAAUUAUUGUCUCCAAACUGCAUCUCUGAUCAAACAAGUAACAGUUUAGGUCCGUCAAUGAAUGGAAAACAAACCCCAAAUAAACUUAAUUCUUCCUUGGAAGAUGGGCGGGGAAAAGAGAACCGUUCGUGUUCUAAUUCCGAGAAGGAAAUGCAAUAUCCAGAAAAUAGAACACCCAGUAAGAAGACUCCUGUCAAGAAGCCUCCAGUCAAGCCUGAACUGAUACAAAAAUGCAUUGAUUCACCCAGGUUACAGUUGAACUAUAGAUUACUAGACCAAGAACGAGCACAAGAAAGUUCUUCCAGUUCGUCUGAUGGUGGGGUGUCGGAAGCGGACAGUACAGCAAACAAAAUCUCUGAGGACGUUUUGAAGUGCUUGUGCAGUAUCUUCCGCAGACUCAGCACGGUGAAGGACAAGGCUGUUGAAUCAAAGGCCAUUGCUUCUGUGGCAGUGUUUUCUAAUGAAAAUAUUCAGAAAGUAGAGUCUCAGUAUCCUUAUGGUAUCUGUUCAGAAUUCAGGAAGAGAGAAAUUGGUCCCUAUAAGCAUCUUUGUUCAAUUGAAACUGGUACAAUUGAUCUGAACAGGAAGACAAGUGCUUCUUUUUUAAUCCACAGGCUAAAGUUCCUCCUUGGUAAGCUGGCUUCUGUCAACUUGGAGGGUCUUAGCCAUCAGCAAAAGCUUGCUUUCUGGAUUAACACUUACAAUUCCUGCAUGAUGAAUGCAUUUCUGGAGCAUGGAAUACCUGAGACUCCUGAAAUGGUCGUCGCAAAUAUGCAGAAGGCAACCAUAACUGUGGGAGGGAACUUGCUAAACGCAAUUACUAUUGAGCAUUUUAUCUUGAGGCUACCUUAUCACUUGAAAUAUACUUGUUCAAAAGUUACAAGAAAUGAUGGAACAAGAUCGUGCAGUAUAUUUGGAUUGGAGUGGUCUGAGCCCUUGGUCACUUUUGCACUCUCCUGUGGAAGUUGGUCUUCCCCAGCUGUGAGGGUGUACACUGCAUCUCAAGUUGAGAAUGAGUUGGAAGCUGCAAAGAGAGACUAUUUACACGCAGCAGUUGGCUUUUCAACUGCAAACAAGUUGAUAAUUCCCAAGCUGUUAGAUUGGUAUCUUCUCGACUUUGCCAAGGACUUAGAAGCACUGCUGGAUUGGGUUUGCUUGCAGCUCCCCAGUGAACUCAGGAAUGAAGCACUUGAAUGCCUCCGGCGAAAGGGGAGAGAGCCUCUUUCGCACUUGGUUCAAAUAAUGCCCUACGAUUUCAGUUUCAGGUACCUCAUCCACCAAUGAAAAGAUUACAUUUCCUUCAAGGAAGCUUCAGUUCACAUAAUGGUAAGACCUUGGUAUGGUAGAUCUUUUAUACCGGUGUAUAAGAUAAUGCUUAUUGCUGCUGUAAACUAGUCCUUGGAAGAAAGUAUUGGGCUUGGUCAUUGAUUCAUUCAAAUUCGUUUUAUAUACAUAAACAUAGUGCAUGAUAAUGGCAACUUCUUCAUACUAAUUCUUUUGUAAAUUUGAACCGUUUUGACUCUUUUUCUCCUCA